UAACCCGUGUGAAUCCCCGGAAUGCAGCAGCAAGGACUUCCUCUAUAGGAUUAGCGCUCCAUGAGCAGCCCUGUCACCCUGCCCGGACCCCUCAGCUCUCGGCUACAUCUCGUGGUUUGGCCACUCUCUCUCGCCGUCUAUCGGUCGCAGCGUGCUGAUGUCGCCGUGCGUCAUCUCCAGGGCAGCGGAAAAUGGCGGAGCCUUUACCGGAGCCCGGACGGUACUUAUGUGACAACUGUCCGGCAGACAUCAGAGCCCGUGUCCCGGUUCAGCUCCUUGAUGCUGAUGGACUAGAACAUGAAGUGGAUGAAGCAGAAGACGAGUCCCCUGAACAGAGAGCCCGGAGACCCAUGAAUGCUUUCCUUUUAUUCUGUAAGCGCCAUCGUUCUCUUGUGCGCCAAGAGCAUCCUCGUCUGGAUAACCGUGGUGCUACAAAAAUAUUGGCCGAUUGGUGGGCCUAUCUGGAUCCCAAUGAGAAGCAGAAGUACACAGACAUGGCGAAGGAGUACAAGGAUGCAUUUAUGAAAGCACAUCCCGGUUAUAAAUGGUGCCCAACAACUAAUAAACCAGUAAAAGCACCUACCACUGUCGCAACAAGGAAAAAGCUUUGGCCUUACCCUCAAGAGCCAGUCAAAGAAAUAGCAAGCUCCAAGAUAGUCUCAAAGGAAGAAGAAAUGCCACAGCUCAAUUUUGGCAUAGCAGAUCCCACACAAAUGGGAGGCCUGAGUCUGCUGCUUCUUGCUGGGGAACAUGCCUUGACUGCACACAGGGACCAAGCAAUGGCUGCUGACAUAGACAACGAAGAGCCAGAGGUAUCUUCAAGUCCUACGGAGUCAAAGGAGUCAGACUGCUUUCAGCCCACUAAGAAGUCUGCAUUCCUUGAAGUAGCAGAGAUUUCUUCCAACACGUCCGACUCAGAUGUCAUUUCACCUGCUAAGCGAUGUGAAAAGUCUGCACUCUUCCAGUUUGCAGAAAUCUCUUCAAGUACCUUGCAAAUUAACAGUCCUGAACCUACAAAACGUUGUGGAAAGUCAGCACUUUUCCAUUUAGCAGAGAUUUCCUCAAGCUCAUCACAUUCCGAUUCAUCUGUAUCCGCAAAGCAGUGUGGGACAUCAGCAUUGUUUCAACUGGCAGAGAUGUGUGUGGCCUCAGAAGCAGUGAAAAUCGAAAUUUCAGGAAAUAUAAAUCCAGCACAACUGAAAGCAUUGAAUGUUGAAAAGACUGAUGAAGUUGUCAUAUGCAACAGCCAGAAAGAAUGUUCUACUGUUUGUAAAGAGGAAGGACUUAGUAAUGUUACAAUUAAAACACACGGGUCACCUUCCACAGAGCAUGUAGGGGCACACUUUGUAGGAUUCCUGAAACGGGACAAAAUUAAAAAGAGAAAGAAGAAAAACAAAACUGACCAUGAUGCUGCUGAGAAAGGGUCUCCAAAGAAGAGCUGUAAAAAGAGACAGUCAUCAGAAUCCGACAUUGAAAGUGUCAUGUACACUAUAGAAGCCGUUGCAAAGGGAGACUGGAGCAUUGAAACGCCAUCAUCUUCCCCAUGCAAAAAAGACCGUUCUGCUGCUAGUCCAAAACAUAACUUCUCAGAGUUAAAGCCAACAAAGAAAAAAGUGAAAUCUAAAGAGAAGAAAGAGAAAACUACCGAGUCCACCAAAGAACUGAUGGAGCCAGAGGCCAUGAUUUUCACACAUGCCACAGAGUCUGAACUGCAAGAAGACGACAUAAAAGAUGAACCACUAUCUCCUACAGAGGAUGUUCUCCAGUCACAACUACCAGAAGAGCUGAAGUUUGAGGACUGUGAGAGUAGCAAAAAGCCUGAGGCCUGCGGAUCAAGAAAGUCAGAACGCUCCUGCAAAGGUGCUCUGUAUAAAACGCUAGUCUCUGAGGGAAUGUUGACUACUUUGCGAGCGAAUGUUGACAGAGGGAAGAGGAACCUAGGGAAAGGUAGUUCAUCCGAUCAUGAAGGCAGUUGGAAUGAUGACACCUGGACCAUUAGUCAAAAUGGAAAUAAUAAAAAACUAAAGAAGACAAAAACAAAGGAGGAAGGAAAUGUUGGCUUGGCAAAGUUGGAAGAAGAAUUUGAGAAGAAAUUCAAUAGUCUUCCUCAGUAUAGUCCCGUUACAUUUGAUCGCAAAAAUGCUUCAUUCCAGAGGAAGAAGAAGAAGCCCAAAAAUGGGCAAGAGGAGGAACAGAAAGCAAACAAAGCAGGUGCUCUACAGUCACAGAAGAAGAAUCUGUUUCACAAAAUUGUAAGCAAAUACAAGCAAAAAAAGGAGAAACAAAGCACAUCAGAUAAAGCCAUAGUAGAAGACCAGAACACCACCGAUAAUCCACCAAGGAGCAAUUCAAAUCCUGUUCCUCCCAUUCCAGAGCCCACUGCCGCACAGGAACCUCUGGUGGGAAGUCAAAAGAGGAAAGCAAGAAAAACUAAAAUUACACACCUAGUUAGGUCUUUGGACUGUCAGCCUUCUUCAUUAAGUCCAAGUUUCGAUGAUAAUCCUCCAAAUAGUUAUCAAAGUAAUUGCAGUGUGGAGGGAACGUGCAGAGCAGAGCUGACAAUCUCUGGGGAAGCAGGCGUUGACCAGAACUGCAGUAUUACCCAAGACAUACCAACUGUGUCUGCUUUCUUUAGUCUGGCUGCUCUGGCUGAGGUGGCAGCCAUGGAAAAUGUUCACAGAAGUCCUAGAUCUACCCAUGCAAGAGAUGGACAGAAGAAAGACAUGUCCCAGGCAGCUGUGCUUAUAUCUUGCGCUGACCAAUGAAGCUUCACUUUAUGACAACAUUUUACUCCAUAUUUAAAGAAAAGCCUUGAGCCUUACUUAGGAAGGCUAAAAUUAUCCAUGAAAUGGAGGACGAGAUGGGCAGAUGAGAGUUUCACUUGAAGCCAGAAGCUGAAAGCUUGGGUUUUAUCCUUAAAGCUCAACUUGUUCUUGGCCUACUGAUGGAAAAAGAUGGCGCUAGGUUCACUGCUGCUUUCUACUGAGGCUAACAAUGGAAUGAAGACUGAAGCCGUCAGUGCUCUAUCUCCAUAGAGAAGCUCCGUGACGCAGAGUGUGAUACUAGUUUCAUAUUAUAGUUACUAAAAAAAGAAAAAAAAUGAAAUACUGAUGCACUGCACUAGAUAAUAGACAUGCUUGGUCAUUUUUGUAAAUGAAGAUUUACGUUCCAAAAAAAUGGUUUAUAUAAUAGUUUAUGCUUACAUUUAUAUUGAGACUGAGUUUAAAAGAUAUAAACCGUAGGCUCAGGUGUACCGUGUGUCUUGUCUGCGACCCUUGCCUUCUGCACUUCUCUAGGUUUCUGUAGACUAUAGACCCUGCUUCAUAUCCUCGUGCCAUAAACACAGGCCAUCUAAAUGCCACCCAUAAUGUACUGACAGCAGCCACCCAUAUGCACACAUCCAGUGAUAAGCCUUAAUAGAUAGUAUUAGGUCUGUCUACACAAUACGCGUGUCUUCACAUCCGACAGAGUUUGCAGACCUGAAAAUCAGUACCAUUCAUCUGAACAGGGCUGUGGCAAGCACAUGGAUUUCUGCAAGCCCCGUUCAGGUGAAGGUGAAUGGAACUGACUUUCAGUUGCAGAAAACUUUCUUUGAACAUGUGAAGGCGUCCUAAAACUAACUAUGAAGUGAUCCUAUGCAAAUCGGCAUUUUACAUAGGAUCCCAGCAUAAACAUACAUGUAAGUAGAGUUUACUACUCGGGCUGUGGCACGUAGACAUUACGUCAAAGGGGCAGUA